AUGGAGGUGUCGACAGAUAUCCCUACCGCCCCGCUGGGUGCCGGGGCGCCGCCGCGCACGAGCCCCGUCCCCACAGAUCGCACGGCCACGCCUGCAACGCUGGGAGAGGGGCUCGGUAGUGCGGGGAGGGGGCGUUUUGCGUCGUCGCUGCCCUCCUCCCGCCGUCGGGUGCAAGUGAAUAUUUUCACCGAGUCCGAGAAUGAGACGCCAGCUGUCCAGCCCGCACUGUCGAGGUUGUCCUCGCUCGUUUCCGUCCCAUCGGCGACGACGUCCGCCGUGCGAGGCGCCACCAAGGCAGCGGGGAAGCGCGGCGGCGUGGAGAAGGGGCAAUCGAAGGGCACAACAAGCCCGCCACGGGCAAAGCGGCUGGCCACAAGAAGUCCUUCCACGGCUCGCUCCCCCGGCAGCGGUACGACUUCUCCCACGCCUAAGCCUACCCGUGGGGCCGCGCACCCCGCCUCGUCGAGGCUUCUCAGCGGCUCUGCGACGCAGGGCGGCAAGUCAACAACGAGCACAGGGGCAAACAAGAGCAAGCGGUCUUCACCGAGGCCCGAAGGCAAACGCAGCCCUCCAUCAAAGGCUGGAAGGAAGGAUGCGACGCCAAUACGAGGUCCCCGUGGGCCUACACCACUGCGGCGACGAUCACCAGACGGUGGGAAGAAAAAGGGGAGGAAAAUUUUUCAAGGUUUGAUGAAUGCUGAGGAAAAGGCACGUAUUGUCAUCGAGAAGGAAUAUGAGGCGGAAUGGAAAACAUUGCUCUCGGAAAUUGCCAUUGAUGCCUUUGAGCCGCACAGACACAAUCUUCUACAGCUUCAAGAGGAUUUGUACAAGGUGCGUCGUGAAUGUGAUGCCAUCACCACACGUGCAGAAAACGCCUUGGAAAAGUUGGUCAAAUCCACCGCUGAGUUUCUUCAAAGUGUGCAUUUAACUGGUGCGGAUGUUUUACGAGAAAAUAGAAUUCUUGAACUUGACAUCCCACUGACCACGCCAACCUUCACCACCGAGGUGGAUGUAUUGUCAUGUGCGAGGGAUCCUGCCUCCCACCUGACGGAGCCCCACUUACCUGUAAAGCGGCGGGAUACGGAUCAGGAACCGGAAAUUAGGAGAAUUCGCUCAUUCUUCUUUGAACUCACGCAGGAGUUGGAUGGUGUGGGCCCCUUCUCCGAGAAGAACCUGCACGCCACCGUGGAGAAGGCAGAUGAGGUAGAGAAAAAUACGCAAAUUCUUACAUACGCGUUUUCCUCGCUUAUUCAACGAGUUCAUCGCACGAUCCAGCAGUGGAAGAAAAAGAUGGAAUCGAUGCAGGCUGUGCUCAAUGAGCAAAGAUCACGUGUGAAGGUGGCAGACGAUUAUCUUCGAGAGACCACUGCAAAACGUCGUGUGGAGGUGGACAGUGCGAUUCAACUUUGCAGACAAUUUGGUAUGGAACUUCGACAGCGGAUGGAUGCCUUAGAAAAAGAAGUCCGCGACAGCCUCAGCGAGCUGAUUCAACGAAGUACAGAGGUGAGUAUUGAAAAUAAUGCCUUUAGCGACCAUGCGCAGCUUUUACUCAAUAAGGAAAACACCAUUCAGUUGUACAUGUCAAAGAUGGAAAGGACUUCAGUGGAGCAAGGGAAACUGCUUCGCGACGUGCGCCUUAGACUCCUGCAGCUGUGGAAAGAGCGCUGCGGUGAGGGUGAUGAGGAGCGAGCCACCUUGACGCACAGCGGUUUGCCAAAAAAGUAUCAUGCCGCACUGAAUGCAUGUGACCGAGACACUCUUCUUCGUCUCUUGCACUUUGUUGCCCUGAAUAGCAGUGAUGUACCCGGUUUGUUGAUUAGUGCACUUGAUGAACAUGAGGUUUUCAUAACUGACAACAGCGAGGAGGCGCAGGCUGUAGCAAAGCAGAGUGCCACGGAAACGGCUGUGCGUGCGCUGCUGGAGAAAUUGUACGAGGAGGGGGACAUCAAACUUAACCCGCGUCAUUCUUCUACCUCCCUCUUAGAUGCAGUCGAAGACAUGGUACGUCAAUACAACACAUACAUGACAAAAUUGGAGAAGCAGCAACGCCGGGUAGAGCGAAAAAAACUUAUGGAAACUGCUUCUUCUCAUGCAUUUUUUGAUGGUCGUACACCUGUGCCAGACGAGUAUGCUGCCGAAUUGGCCUCGCGACCGCUGGUUCCAAGAAAACGGCCGGUCAUCUGUGACGGUAACGCAAGCCGCAUGCAGGUGGAUAAUACAUCACACACUUCCCCAGUUGAAGGCCCCACGGCUUCCGUGAGAAAUCCGAAUACCAAAGAGGCAACCACCGCGAUGGUGUUGCCCCAAAUUGAAGUCUGUCAUGUAUUGAGUUACCUGCGGCAAAGUCACCCGUCGGCCCUGGACCCGCCUGGCACCGCCACAGUUGUUGGUUUCGGUCGUUGGGAGGGCAAAGCGGCGCAGCGAGGUAUAGAGAGAGACGCCUGUAGUAUAGUAAGGGGAGUUGGUGAGGGAACUACUGCGCUACCCGCCGGGGAUGCCGCCGAUAUGGCGCACUUACAUGCUGGAAGCAAGCCCAGCCCACCACCUCCUGUACCGCCGCGGAUAUCUCUCAUGCAGCACAUGCUGGAACACCACUCCAACGACGUGCAAACAAUCUCUGUUGUUCCCGAUUCAAGGUGUAGGUGUUUCCCAGGUGAAGACGCGCCCUUUCUCAAGCUUCAACGAGACCUCUUCGAGACAGACUCAUAG